CAAUAACCCAAAAUUGUAUAAUCGUUUUUUUUCGUGCUUGCUAGUACGAAUGUAACCUAGUUUCCAUUUUCGAAGUAGAAAGUUUAGCUAAAGAUACGCCAUCUGAUUAGCAGUUUUUGCUUUUUUAUCGUUAAGUAAUAGUCACUUUUAAGGAGAAUAUUUUGUAUAAAACAACUUUACCAAUUUACAUAUAAAUAUGCCUCGUUCACGAAGACGCCGUCGUUCUCGAUCAGUUAGCUUUGAUUCCCAGACCAGUUCAAGUAGUUAUCGUCAUAAACAUCGAAGGCUGUCAUCAGAAAGCCAUGGUCGUCAUCACUACCAUUCUAGACAAUCUAGAAGUGAUCACUACUGCAGAGCACCAGAAAGUGACAGCAGCUAUCGUGAGUAUAGUUCAAACAGACAGGUUCACCAUGCUAGUCGAAAAGGCCACAAUCGAAGCCGUUAUCGUCGGAACAGUUGCUCAUCCAGCUUUUCAGAUAGUCAUGGCUCCAGUUAUCAUAGUCACAGCUCGGGUAGUCGACAGCGACAUCGUCGGAAACGUGCUGACCGUGAUAGGAGUCGGCGUUACCGUCGGCGCACUCGUAGUCUCAGUUCACGCUCUCCCCAGGAGCACAAUUCCAGGCCACCCAGCGCUGAGGACGACAAGGACGGCCAUCUGGUUUAUCACCAUGGAGACAUUCUACAAGAUCGAUAUAAAAUCCUCUCUACUUUGGGGGAGGGGACAUUUGGAAAAGUUGUUAAAGUUAUUGACCUAAAACAUGAACAGAUGGUAGCUCUGAAGAUAAUAAAGAAUGUGGACAAAUACAGAGAAGCAGCAAAGUUAGAGAUAAAUGUGCUGAAGAAACUAGCUGAUGCAGACCAGAAUGGAAGGCACCUCUGUGUUAAAAUCUUGGAUUGGUUCAACUACCAUGGUCACAUAUGUAUUUCUUUUGAAAUUUUAGGCCUUAGUGUAUUUGACUUUUUGAAGGAAAAUGGCUAUCAACCUUAUUCCAUUGACCAGGUCAGACAUAUCGGCUAUCAACUGUGUUACUCUGUAAAAUUUCUGCAUGAAAAUCAGUUGACUCACACAGACUUAAAGCCAGAGAACAUUCUAUUUGUUAACUCCAACUAUGAUGUUGUCUACAAUUCCAAGAAAAAUCGCGAGGUUAGGAGGGUUCGUUCAACUGAUAUCAAACUCAUUGAUUUUGGGUCUGCCACCUUUGAAGACGAACAUCACAGUACCAUUGUGUCAACGCGCCAUUACCGUGCACCAGAAGUUAUACUAGAGCUGGGCUGGGGCUAUUCUUGUGAUGUUUGGAGUAUUGGCUGUAUUCUUUUUGAACUGUACUUAGGAAUCACACUUUUUCAGACACAUGAGAACAGAGAGCAUCUUGCUAUGAUGGAACGAAUACUUGGGAAACUUCCUUAUAACAUGUGUCGUAAGUCCAAAACCAAGUACUUCUAUCAUGGAAAGCUAGACUGGGAUGAAAAAAGUUCAGCUAGCAGAUAUGUAAGAGAAAACUGUAAACCUUUAAGGAGGUACAUGAUCAGUGACGACGAAGACCACAGAAAUCUGUUUCAUCUUUUAGCUCGAAUGUUAGAUUAUGAACCCAACCAGAGGAUCACCUUGGCAGAAGCUCUGAACCACCCUUUCUUCUCUAAGCUCUCUGAUGACUGUUUAUGGCACAUCCAAGACCAGCAAAUAGAAAUAGCCCCGAAAAAUGGGUUAAGGGAUUGUUCACAUAGUCUGGGCAGAUGAACUGUCUUAUAUAGAAAACCAACACUGUAUUGGAGAGGUCCACUCUUUUCUAAUUAUAAUAAAAUGCCUUUUUUUCAAGUGACAGACAGAGAACACUCCAUAAGGAACCCUUGUAUGUAAAUUGUGUACAAAUUUUAAGGCUUUGUAGUGUUUCUUCCCUGAGAAAUUUUUGAAUGUAAAUCUUUUUUUGUACUUUUGUUGUUUCAGGAGUGAUUACCUACAAUAGUAAGCACUUUAAAGAAACAAAAAAAAAAGUUAUAUAAAAUAAAUUUUUAUGUAUAUUA